AUGUUGUCACGACAGAAUCUUGCACGCGCCGGCGAGCUUGCCCUGGGCCUUGUUGCAACAAGCAGGCUUGUUGCUGCUGGGCCCUGCGACAUCUACUCCUCUGGCGGCACUCCCUGCGUUGCUGCUCACAGUACCACUCGCGCCCUGUACAGCGACUACACCGGGGCACUCUACGAGGUCAAGCGUGGCUCCGACAAUGCCACGACCACCAUAGUGCCGCUUUCCGCCGGCGGCGUCGCCGAUGCAGCUGCGCAGGAUUCCUUCUGUGCUAGCACGACCUGCCUCAUUACGACAAUCUACGACCAGUCAGGCAAUGGUAACCACCUCACUCAAGCUCCUCCUGGCGGCUUUGACGGCCCGGAUGUCGAUGGCUACGACAACCUGGCUAGUGCAAUUGGCGCACCGGUCACGUUGAACGGCCAAAAGGCAUACGGCGUCUUCAUCUCGCCCGGCACUGGCUACCGCAACGAUGCCGCUGUCGGCACGGCCACGGGUGAUGAGCCAGAGGGCAUGUAUGCAGUCCUUGAUGGAACUCACUACAACGGCGCUUGCUGUUACGACUACGGCAACGCCGAGACCAGCAAUACGGAUACGGGCAACGGCCACAUGGAGGCUAUCUACUAUGGCGACGAGACCGCCUGGGGCACUGGCUCCGGCAGCGGUCCUUGGAUCAUGGCUGAUCUUGAGAACGGUCUGUUCUCUGGCUUCAGCGCUAGCAACAAUGCUGGCGACCCGUCCCUCUCCUACCGAUUCGUCACUGCCAUCGUCAAGGGGGAACCAGACCAGUGGGCCAUCCGCGGCGCAAACGCUGCGUCUGGCUCGUUGUCGACGUACUACAGUGGCGUGCGCCCAAACGAGACGGGCUACAAUCCGAUGAGCAAAGAGGGCGCCAUUAUUCUUGGUAUUGGUGGUGACAAUAGCAACGGCGCCCAAGGAACAUUCUAUGAAGGCGUGAUGACCUCCGGAUACCCAUCAGACGACACUGAGAACUCGGUGCAGGCGGACAUCGUAGCCGCCGGAUACGCCGUCACGUCGUUGACCAGUGGUCCAGCACUCACCGUGGGUUCAUCUAUCUCGCUGCGAGCUACCACUGCUUGCUGCACCACACGCUACAUUGCUCAUACCGGCUCUACUGUCAACACCCAGGUCGUCUCCUCCUCCAGCGGCUCUGAGCUUCAGCAACAGGCUAGCUGGACGGUUGUAACUGGCCUUGCUAAUAGCGGCUGCUUCUCAUUCGAGUCGGUCGACACCCCCGGCAGCUAUAUAAGGCACUACGACUUUGAGCUUUUGCUCGACGCUGACGACGGCACCAAACAGUUCUCCGAAGACGCCACGUUCUGUCCAGAGGCUGGCCUCAACGGCGAGGGCAAUUCCAUUCGAUCCUGGAGCUACCCUACUCGCUAUUUUCGUCACUACGAUAAUGUGCUAUAUGCCGCUAGCAAUGGCGGUGUUCAGACGUUUGACGUCACCGACUUGUUCAACGACGACGGCGAAGGCGAUCGAAAGUUUGUCCCCGGUUUAACUGCCGAUGCCCUCCAAGAAAUUUCAAGUGUCUCCCUAUAUACGAAGGCUAGUCUUGAGGAAUUUAUCAACCCGCUGUUGACAGUUCCUCCAUUCAACCUCGGAUACCAGAGCGAGAAGAUGAAAUCCGAAUAUUAUCAUGUCACUGCAUGCAUAUCUGAAAAAGAGACUAUCAAGGUGUCAGAGGUCAUGAGCAAAUAA